CCAUUACUCUAUACUAUGUAGCAUUCCCAGAUAAUAUGCAGGGUUACGGUGUUAUCUGCAGCCAUCUCAAAAGGGGAAUAAAGUCCCCACGAUCCAAGUAAGGCAAGUGGUUUGACACAUUCGACCCAAGACAGGCAGAUCCAUCCGGAUCCGUGACGUUUCUCCAUCCAACAGACAAGAACCUUUCCCCGUGUUCCACCCCGCCUUUGUGCCACGGCUUAUCAGGUUAUCUACUUGCAGCAGCUUGCAGAAGGCGAGGAGGGGUCGUAAGUGAGUUGAGGCGAGGAAGGAGACAGAGAUACAUAAAAUGGCAGUGUUCUCAUCGCCGAGGGUGCUGUGUGCCCCUUCCCGGACACCACCACUGUUGUCUCUCUCUUUGAGAAGCUACAAGCCCACCACUUUGAGACCACGAUACUUUUCCUUGUCUACACAUCUCAGAACCAAGAUGGAGGUGGAACUCACAGCUCCCAACGGCAGGAAGUGGACUCAGCCAUUGGGUCUCUUCAUCAACAAUGAGUUUGUUAAGAGCAGCAAUGAGCAGAAGCUUGCUUCCAUCAACCCCACAACCGAGGAGGAGAUCUGCUCCGUCUACGCUGCCACAUCUGAUGACAUCGACACAGCCGUAGCAGCAGCCCGCAAGGCCUUCAAGGACCCCUCAUGGAAGUCUCUCAGCGGCACCGAGCGCGGUGCCCUCAUGCUCAAGCUCGCCGACCUAGUCUCCCAACACGCCGAGACCCUCGCCACCAUUGAGUGCCUCGACAACGGCAAACCAUACACCACAGCCCUCGCCGAGAACGUCCCCGAAGUCGUCAAUGUAUUCCGAUACUACGGCGGCUACGCCGACAAGAACUUUGGCCAAGUCAUCGACGUCGGCCCCGCCAAAUUCGCCUACACCGUCAAGGAGCCCUUGGGUGUAUGCGGCCAAAUCAUCCCCUGGAACUACCCCCUCGACAUGGCCGCCUGGAAGCUCGGCCCAGCCCUCUGCUGCGGCAACACCGUCGUCCUGAAGCUCGCCGAGCAAACCCCCCUCUCCAUGCUCUACCUCGCCAAGCUCAUCAAAGAAGCCGGCUUCCCUCCCGGCGUGGUCAACAUCAUCAACGGCCACGGCCGCGAAGCCGGCGCCGCUCUCGUCCAACACCCCCAGGUCGACAAGAUCGCUUUCACGGGCAGCACCGCCACAGGCAAGGAGAUCAUGAAGAUGGCCUCGGCCACCAUGAAGAACAUCACGCUCGAGACGGGCGGCAAGUCCCCUCUCAUCGUCUUUGAGGACGCCGACCUCGACCUUGCCGCGACGUGGUCCCACAUCGGCAUCAUGAGCAACCAAGGCCAGAUCUGCACCGCCACGUCCCGCAUCCUCGUCCACGAGGGCAUCUAUGACAAGUUCACCGAGGCGUUCAGGGCCAAGAUUCAAGAAAUUUCGGUGCUGGGCGACCCCUUUGAGGAAACUACCUUUCAAGGACCCCAAGUCACGAAACAGCAAUACGAGCGCGUCUUGUCAUACAUCGACAUUGGCAAAGAAGAAGGUGCCACCGUUUUCCUCGGCGGUGAAGCUGCCCCUCAAAGGGGCAAGGGGUUCUUUAUUGCUCCUACGGUGUUCACCAAUGUGAAGCCGACGAUGAGGAUCUACCGCGAGGAGAUCUUUGGUCCUUGCGUGGCGAUUGCUUCGUUCAAGACGGAGGAGGAGGCGGUUGAGAUGGCUAAUGAUAGCACUUAUGGGCUUGGGUCGGCGAUUUUCACGAGGGACUUGAACAGGGCGCACAGGGUGGCGAGGGAGAUCGAGGCGGGGAUGGUGUGGAUUAAUAGCAGUAAUGAUUCUGACUUUAGGAUCCCGUUUGGGGGGGUGAAGCAGAGUGGGAUUGGGAGGGAGCUGGGGGAGGCGGGGUUGGCGCCGUAUUGUAAUGUGAAGGCUAUUCAUGUGAAUAUGGCGGCGUAGAGGUAGAGGGGAUGGGAUGGUUGUGGUUAUUUGCUGGCGAUGAGCGCGAGCGUGGUGUAACUACCUUGGGUUGAAUGAAUGAAUAUUUGAAGUGUCCCUCCCAUGUUGGUGUUGAGGGUUAAGCAAUUGGUGUGAACAAAGUGUGUGAAAGGUUUGGCCAUGCUGUCAGUUGAUCCCAGGCAUUGAAGUUUUACGUGAUUACAGGACAUUUAUGAUUUAUUAUCUGUA